GUACAAACAGAGGAAGUGGUCACGCAGUCGGAGAGGAGAGCUAAUUAGCGUGCUUUAUUUAAUUUCUUAAUUAUUUAUUUUUAUUUAAAUGGUGAGAAUGGUGAAGCAGACCAUACAGAUAUUUGCUCGCAUUAAACCGACCAACAAAACAACCGCGGUGUACUCUGUGGAUAAUGAGGAGCAGAGCGGAGGCAGCUUGGAGUUCAUACUUCCAAGGGAUCUUGCAGAUGGCUUCAUCAAUAACAAGAGGGAGAGCUACAGAUUCAGGUUUCAGAAAGUUUUUGAUCAAACAACCAAUCAAGAGGGAAUCUUUGAGGCAAUUGCAAAGCCUGUGGCUGAUACUGUGCUGGCAGGGUACAAUGGUACAAUCUUCGCCUAUGGACAGACUGGCAGUGGAAAGACGUUCACCAUCACAGGUGGCCCUGAGCGCUACAGUGACCGUGGAAUCAUCCCCAGAACUCUGUCCUACCUGUACCAGCAUUUCAGCCGGGACAGCAGCAUGGUGUACACCACGCACAUAUCCUACCUGGAGAUCUACAAUGAGGUGGGAUACGACCUUCUAGAUCCACGACAUGAAGCAUCCAAUCUGGAGGACUUACCGAAGGUGACAAUAAUGGAAGAUCCUGAGCAGAACAUUCACCUCAAGAAUCUGUCAUUACAACCAUCAGCCAAUGAAGAAGAUGCUCUGAAUCUGCUUUUCCUGGGCGACACCAAUCGCAUGAUUGCAGAGACCCCAAUGAAUCAGGCCUCCACACGCUCUCACUGCAUCUUCACAAUUCACCUGUGCAGCCGUGAGCCAGGAUCAGCCACGUUACGUCGCUCCAAGCUACACCUGGUGGACCUGGCCGGCUCCGAGAGGGUGGGAAAGACCGGUGUGGGGGGCCAGACACUCACCGAGGCCAAGUACAUCAACUUGUCUCUGCACUACCUUGAGCAGGUCAUCACAGCUCUGUCAGAGAAGAAUCGCUCUCACAUUCCUUACCGAAACUCCAUGAUGACCUCUGUGCUCAGAGACAGUCUCGGGGGCAACUGCAUGACCACCAUGAUCGCCAUGGUGUCAGUGGAUAAGAGGAAUGUCGAUGAGUCAAUCUCUACCUGCCGUUUUGCUCAGAGAGUGGCCAUGAUUAAAAAUGAAGCUCUCCUCAACGAGGAGCUAGACCCAUCACUGUUGAUCAUUCGUUUGAAGAAGGAGAUCCAGGGCUUAAAAGAAGAGCUUGCUAUGGUGACUGGAGAGCAAAGAAGUGAUGACCUGACUCAAGAAGAGAUCCAGAGGAUUGAAAACCAGCUUAAGGUGUUUCUCGAUGAUCCUGACCCUGAAGUGACUCUGGAACUAGGACCAGAUAUGAGAAAAAUCCAGCACUGCUUUUCUUUCUUAAAGGCGAGGCUGCGGGAGGAACCGAGUACUCAGAAGGGAUCUGAUGAUAUUAGUCCUCUCCCAUCAUCAAGCAUCACAGACAGGCCAGACAGCCAAGCCAACAGAGAGCUUCUCAAACUGAAGGACAUGCUAACCCAGCGUGACAAUGAGAUCAGUAUUCUAGUGAGCAUGCUGAAGAAAGAGAAGCGGAAGGUUCAAGAAGCCAACGCUCAAUUGGCAAAAUUCAGCGGCUCACAAAGCUCACUCCAAUCAUCAUCCUCUAGCAUGCACGCUGAGAAAACAUUAAAGCGUGAAGCUUCACAGGACUCCAUACAUGCUGAACAUGUAAAGUGCAAGCAAAAUGAAGCAGAGUUGUCUAUGGGACGACAGGAGGCAUUUGAAAUAUUUAGGAGUGAGCAUGAGGAUAAUAUAACUAUUGAAGACAACAAGGUCAUACUGAAACAGAGGUUUGCAGAAGCUAAGGAACUGGGUGAGCAGGUUAACCAGGCCAGGAGCAGAGUCAAUGAGCUGAAGAAACAGUUGGAGACAAGAAGGAUGCAGAUGGCAGCACAGGGUGUAAUAGGGAACCAGCCAAAUACAGAAUCAGAUCCUGUAGAAGAGAGACUCCGUAACCAGAUCGAAGACGAGAAGAAACAUUAUAAGAGCACUUUUGAACGUUUAAAAGGCUUGAAGACUGAGAUUGAACAUCUACAGCACCUGCUUCAGAAGUCAAAGAUCAAAUUGCAGAAGGACUUCCAGGACUGGUGGAAUCAGGAGGCAGCAAGGCUGCAGCAGAGUCAAUGCUCAGAGAACACAAGAGCAGGGCGGAGCCAGGACAACUCUCCCUGCCCUCCCUCAUCCAGUUCAAGGCACGAUCACCACAUCAAUAACCAAGACAGAGCACGCCAGCCUACUCCACCUACAAGAGAGCUCAGAGCCUUGUCCUCUGCUGGCCUUGCCUCAACAUCUAUCCCACUGACUGGAGACCAACAGACUGAUGCAGAUAUAUUGGCCUUCAUCAAAGCCAGACACAAUCUGCUCAGCAGAACAGGAGUGGCACCGAAAUAAGGUUCAAUCGAAUAGAUCAAGAUAAGCACAAUGCACAAGGGUUUGUCUAACAAAUGUGCUACAGUGCAUUACAUCAGCAAAGGUCACAGCUAUCCAUUGAGUUUCCAACGCUGUUUUGACUUGGACUGAAUUGAAGUCAGAAUAUACA